AUGAACAAGGCCAAAAUUGGGGCAAAGACUGAGGCUGAAGUAACUGACUAUUUUCCUGAACCCCCGCUAGCCUUUGAGGAGGGCUACACAUUUUUGAGCUUGUUUGAUGCCGAUGAAAACAGCAUCUAUCGCAAAACAAACCUGUAUUAUCCGUUUACCAGCCAGAAGGAAUGGGAGAUGGCAGCAUGGCUUCUGCGUUCAGGCCUGAGCAUGGGCAAGAUAGAUUCUUUCCUGUCACUGGAGAUGAUCAACGAUUUACCUCUAUCAUUCCACUCAGCCAAAGAGUUGCGAGGUCGGGCUGAAACGCUACCGGGGGGUCCACGUUGGAAGUCACAGGUGAUCCGUACAUCCCAUUCCACGAAGACACCGGUUGUCCUCUACUGGCAGGAUCCGCUCGAUUGUAUCGCUAGUAUUUUCAACCAUCCCUUAUUUCACAACCGUUUGGACCUCACCUCUCGCAAAGUGUAUCCCACGGCGCAGAGACUGUCUCGGGUAUAUACUGAGUGGAUGACAGGCGAACAUGCUUGGAACAUGCAGUCGGCGCUACCUUGUGGUGCAACUCUGCUUGUCCUGAAAUUCGUGCAUAAGAAGAAAUGGAUGAGGGGUGUAUUACAGGAUUGGCUCGUCCAUCAGUGCUUGGAUGUCGUACUAGAACCACUGAAGUCGGCUGCUCGACAGGGUGUCAUGUUGUCAGAUCCGAUUGGACGCAGCCAUUAUUGCUUCACACCACUUGCUAGCUACAUCGCCGAUACCCUGGAAGCGAUGAUGCUGGCAUGCGUCGGUGGAAAGAUGUCUCCAGUGACCAUGGCUAUGUACAAACAGUUCAGGGAUGCCUUUCGACAUGAACCCCGGACAAAAUCAACAACUCUUGCACAACUGGAUGUUGUGCGCUCACGCGCUGAUCCACAUAACCUCGAAGCAUUCUUCUGUGAGUCACAGAAGUUCUGUCUGAAUGGCGUCGAGAAACCAUUCUGGAGUGACUGGCCAUUAGCCAAACCCUCCAAUUUCUUUACUCCUGAAUCACUGCACCAUCUUCACAAGCAGUUUUAUGACCAUGACACCCAAUGGAUUACGGUUGCUGUGGGAGAUUCCGAGUUAGAUUUUCAGUUUUCAGUUUUACAGCCUACUACUGGUUACCGGCAUUUUCAUGGAGGCAUAUUGAAGCUAAAACAAGUUACCGGUCGCUGCCAUCGAGACAUUCAGCGAUCAAUUAUUGCACUCAGCGCGGAUGCAAUGUCUCCUGGUGUCAUGGUUGCCAUACGUGCACUCAUGCACUUCCGUUAUCUUGUGCAGUCACUGCACAUCAAUGACAACGAUCUUGCCCGCAUCUCGGCUGCAUUGGACGAGUUCCAUGCGAACAAGCAUGAGAUCAUCACUGCUGGGGUUUGCCAGGGAAAAGGCAGUACACCCAUCAACAACUGGCACAUACCUAAGCUUGAGCUAAUGCAGAGCAUCAUUCCUAGCAUCUCUAACUCUGGUGUGAUAGGACAGUGGUUUGAUCUUGCUACCGGUCUUUUGGAUGGCAAGUUGAGCAUUGAGGAUUUGGAGGUUGUCCGAGAAGACCAUGAUAAUGACUUGGAUGACGUGGACGUGGACGCAGACAUUGUCCUCGUGGAAUUUCCAUCCAAGACUCGACAACCUGGUCAGCUGCAUCCUGUCAUGGACUAUUUCCAGAUCGCAAAAGAACUACUGCACAAGGAAGUGGGAUCAAUACCCGUCCCAUUACGCUCUUUCGUUGUUGGGUGCACUGCCCUCCAUAUCCUGUAUGAUCCUUCUAUCAGGAGUAUCAAAGUCGAUGAAGCUGCCACCAUGUUCAACUUACCAGACCUUCGACCAGCUCUCACUGAUUUUCUUCACCGUGAGGUGACAUCUGGAUGUUGUGUUCAUGCAAUUGGUGGUCCGAGAAGAGCUGGACCUAAUGCUGAACUUCCAUUCGACAAGCUUCAAGUGUGGUUCAAAAUUUGUUUACAAGAAACGGACUUUCACCAUGCUCACAACAUUCACCCAGCUCAGACGUUAAACUGUGCACCACCUAGUGGCCUCUGGACUUUGGGCCAUUAUGACACGGUCAUUAUCCAGACCAACGCAGAGCAUUCGUGGCCUACUAGUGGUCUCUCAGGUCACUGCAUAGCCCAAAUCAGACUUCUCAUAUGGCCUAUUGGCCAAUGUGGCAAGCUAUGGCCAUGGGAAGAUCAGUUCAUCGUUUAUGUCCAACGAUUUGACAUUUCUAGCGAAUGUGAUCCAAAUACUCAGCUGCAUGUUCUGAAAAGAUCGAAGCGCUCUAAUGGCACUCAGAUGGGGGAUAUCAUUCCGGUGAAGAACCUAGCUGCUAUUCGACCCUAA